AACAUAACCAGCAUUGCUGGGUGCCGUUGGAGUAGUGGCACUGCAAAAGUGCAAAGCCACCAAACAACCCUUUCCCCUCGUUCUACACACGUACGAAGCAUUCAUUCCUUCUCUCUUUCUCUGUCCCGAAGACGAUUAUCAACGAUUACCCAACAAACCGUGCAACAAACUAGGACAAGGUCACCAUGUCCGGUAAAGAGCCACACAAGCAGGAUCCGCCAGAAGUGGCCGAGUUCCACAAGGAGCUUUAUGGCCUCUUCGACUCCCGCACUGCAUCGGCAUCCAAGAUCGAUCGCUUAACAAAGAUGGCCAUCAAGUCGGCUAGAUACUACAAGAAUAUUGUCUAUCAUCUGGAAAAGUUCAUCACACGAUGUGUUCCUGAGUACAAGUUGACGGGUCUCUACGUGCUGGACUCCAUCUGCCGGGCAUCGCAAUCUAUCAAAAUCAAGUCUUCAUCAGGAUCGUUUUCAGGAUCAGAAUAUGUUGGGCGGAUUGAGCGGAACAUCGAAGCUUUAUUCGCUGAGUUUUGCAAGGUGCAAGAGGACAAAGAAAAGGAGAAAGUAAAGCGAGUGGUUGAGAUUUGGGAGCGUUCAGGAACGUUUACGCCGUCAGUAACGGAGAACAUCAGGAAGAAGUAUUUUCCACUUUUGGAUACAGCAAAGGCUCACACGGAUACGCCGCCUUCGUCCUCAUCAACUAUACAGCUUUCUGCAACGGAAGCAACUAACGGAAAUGCAGGGAACCAAACUGCAUCUUUGAUCUCCUCUUUGGCUGCAUCUUUGGCACAACAAUCAAACAAUCACAUCAACUCUCCGGCAACGGUAACGGCAGCGCCCUCAUCAUCCACAUCAUCAUCGAAUUCAUCGACACCGCUAUCUGUAGCGGCAGUUCCAGAACAGGAGAACGCCACGCGGUACCAGCCCAUAAAUCCUACUCAUAACGGUCAUCAGGGUAACACACUUCUCGCAGGAAUUUCUGAUCCGUCAUCAGCACUCGCUCUACAAACGCUGCUGGCAACUGUCUCGCAGGUCAAAGCAGCGGCAGCCUCAUCUACAAGACCCGCAGCAGGAGGUAUAGGAGGUCUGUUCCAAGCGUAUCCAUCUUUGCCCUCGUCGUCAGUCUCCGCGCAGGCACCAUCGUUCCAGGCGCCUUCGCAUGCGCUGCCUCCGGUGCUGCAGCAACUCCAUGGGGUGUUAUCGAAUAGCAAUCAGAACGGGGCAUUUCUCCCUAAUAAUAAUACCAUGGUUUCAAGCACUGUUGCGUCUCCUUUUCUGCAUACUGAUAACCACCAAGCGGGCGGCUUCAACAAUGGAAAUGGAAGCGGUGCGAAUGGGGGUUCGAUUCUGCGGGAUCCACGUGUAGAUCAGGCACGCGUGGAUCCGCGUCUGGCCUUUAACCAGCAGAACGCUCACGAGUCCGCACAGCCCCCAAGAACACAGCCCCUCGCAAGCGCAAGCGCACAGCCACUCUCGCAGAUACCGACACCCAUGUUUGGCUUGGCCGCGCACUCUUCCUUGUUGCCACCAACUGCGACAGCUUCAAGCGCACCCAAUUCUCUGGGGCUCAGUUUCGAUGGUCAGGCCAUGGCCCACCUGGCAUCGCUCUUGAAUCCCCCCAAGAAUGGACAAAUCUCAUCAUACUUGCCAUCGGAUUCGGCCUCUCUGCCAACAUCACCUGCACCGUUCCUUAUGGUCCAGUCCAUUCGAGGGCUACAAGAAGGAGCUGGACAAGGCUCUUUGAACGACAAACAAUACCAAGGAAGCUCACCCAGCCAACCAGGUCGGCCAUGGAUGGUGCAAGAGCCAUAUGCGCCGCAUCACAACGAUACCAACAACAACAACAACAACAACAACAACAACAACAACAACAACAACAACAACAGCAACAGUGGUCAUUCUCAGGCAAGAGGGCAAAUUCAGCCUGCUCCUUCUUCCACUAUGGUCAACGAUGAUCCAACGGUCGAUUCAGAUAAGAUUCGAGUGAUCAGUCGAACUCUUUGGGUGGGAGGUUCAUUUGUUCCCACUAUCUCUGAGCCAGAGCUCGAGGCCAUCUUUGCAACCAAGGGUAGGAUCGCCACACUGAUGGUCAACCAUGCAAAGUUUAAUGCCUUUAUCAAGAUGGCAGACCGUAUGCAAGCGGAGAGAUGCAAGGCUGAGCUUGAUCGCACAAGCGUGCAGGGAGAAGUCAUGAAGGUGGGAUGGGGCUGUGGGUUUGGACCGAGAGACUGCUUUGAUUACACUGCUGGAUCAAGUGUUAUUCCGCUUGAACGAUUGACGGACACGGACAAACGCUGGCUCAGUAACAGUGUGGUAGGUGGAUUUGGUCCUCAUGAGCCCAUCCGGGGAGGCGUUGUUAUCCUGGAGCCGAACAUUGAGACUGUCGGUCCCGAUGGCCGUGAGGCAUUACCGAGGAAAGCUAAAGGAUUUGGCGGUGCAGGGGCAACAGGGGGUGGUGUAGGUCGAGGAGGGCGUGGUGGUAGUGGAUUUGGAGAGGUCCGUGGCCGAGGGCGAGGUCGUGGUCAUGUUUCAGUGGAUCAGCAACAGGAGUUUUCGGACAUGUUUAGAAGCCGUGGUGUGGGUGGUGCUAGUCGUGGUCGAGGAUUGGAAGACCAUUCACAGCAGCGGUCGCAUCCGCUCCCGAACCGUCCUCAAGGUGGGGUACUGGGAGCAGGGUCGACAUGGCCAGGGAAGCGAGAGUUUGGACAGGGUUCGGAACAGGAAGCGAACAGCGAGGCCUAUAACCAGCAGGGUAUGUCUUCAGCUGUAGGCACAGGAGCAGUGGCCUCAGGAUAUCAUCCACAAAGCCAAGACGAGGAUAUAAGGCGGAGUAAGAAGUCGCGAUGGGAGUGAUACGGGAAGGGGUCGAUAAAGCAUAGCUUGUACUCGAGUAAAGAACUUGACC